AUGAUUUUCCGAAUUGAAGAAUUCGAGGUCGAAACGAAAAAUUACACCUUGUCUACAAUAGGGGCAACCAAGUGGAUGCACGGUCAGCCCUUCGAUCUACCGACUCUCGUCUCCGCACCCAUGCGUCAGGAGCAAUCAGGCACUGGCUUUUCCUGCAAUAUCUGCCUGGAAACAAUGACGCAGAUGAAAAGAAAAGGCAAAAAGAUAGUGACGACUCCCUGUGGACACCCCUUCUGUAAGUCCUGCGUGGAAAUGGCUGCACGGUCAGCGUAUGGACGAAUGCCCGACCCGAAUCAUGUCGUCAACAAUUGCCCCAAGUGCCGAAAGGCGUACGCGCUUCGACAGCUGAUCGAACUUUUUAUCUUUCAUCGAGAGCUGAUAAUUGACGGAUUCGGAAGGAAAGUUCAGAUGGUCAACAAACUUCUUUCAUUAUUGCUAAAUAUCAUGAUAAAUCUGCAGGUUUUUAUCGCGCUUAGUUGGUGGACAAAAUGGUUUGGACUUGGAUACCGCUACAGAGACAUACAACGCGGUUUUGAUAUUCCGAAAUGGCUGCGAUUUAACAAAGAGUUUUGCCCGAUUACUUUCAUUCUCGUUGAGGUCCUUUGGUUUGAUACGAUGGUUACUUUCGCCGGAGUAUGGGGACCAAUCUUUAUUGGGAAUUUAGUCGUCUCUUUAAUUUUCAGUGACGUGAUUGUCGAACCUCCUCAAGCUUUAGGUGCUCCACAUGUACGACCUGUAACAACCAUGGUUCAAGGUUUUUGCUUUAUGCUCGGGUUCAAAUGCAUUCAUUCAUUGAAAAAAUCAUUCAUUCAAAUGCUGCUCGCUUCUUUCUGCCUGCUGAAAAUUUGGGUAUUCAAGAAGAUUCCAGUUCUUGGAGAACGACUUCUUCAUCGACAAAAAUGUGCCACCAAUUUCCUGAAACGACAAGCUUUCAACGCUCAUUUCGAGACAGGUUUCGACGAACCUAAACAAAAGAGAAGAAUAACUGUUGUCCGCAAUGUUUACGAAAACCUUGGAAACUCGUCAAUGAAGAAAUACAUUCUUUCACGAAAGACUUUAAUCAGACGAAGUAUGGAUGCAAGUUUAUAG